AUGCAUUCGUCGUCGUUAACGAGUAGCAUGGUCUUGUGCAACUCGCCCUCCCGCCCCAAUCAACCGCUGGAGAUCGAUAGCGAUACUUCUGACAUAUCUUUCCAAUGCGACUCUGAUGAGUUCGAGUUUUCGGAUGCUACCAGUGUGUCUUCGAUUGAACCGAAUUCUCCUGCGCCGUUCCCUCUCCACAAUAACGACGAUGUGUCCUCCAGCCGUUCUCAACAUUCUGCCAACCGGCCCAGAAUCCUCGACGGACUGCCUGAAUUCAGUGAUGACCCGGAUGAUGAAACGGAUGAAGAUAUUGCAAAUGUGCCGCUUGACUAUGGACAAUCGAACCAAACCAAAACCCGGAGACAACGCAUCGAGCAUCGCUGGCACAAAUACUGCCAGGUUAAAACCGCCAAGUCUGAUGCGUUACCGAUAUGGAAAGACCCAGAAGAGGCUCUUCGUCAAUCUACAUCCAACGACAUUUACCGAUUUUUCAACUACUGCAUGAAGCUGAAGCGCGGUCAGGACGGUCGACAUCUAAAAGGCAUAUCGAAAGCAAGCGCCCUUAGAGCGGACUGGAAGGGAUUUCGGGGUUACUAUCGCCAAAUUAAUCGCAGAAAGAUCAGCCCCGAAGAUAGCGAGGAGAUCAAUGCUGGUAUUCGGAAACUCAUCGACAAAUAUGGUCUCAACAGACACGAACGCGGCAAAGAGCCGGUUUACGUCCAAGACUUGACCGAAUUCAAUGAGACAAUUCUUCGUACCCAAGAGAAGCGCUUCCAUUUGGGCUACGAGCGUAUCCAGUUGUGUCUCUACACUAUGCUUGGGAUCUUCACCGUGAACCGCCUCAAUGCACUCCUUUCGCUACAAUUCAAGCAUUUGCAGUUGUCCAUUCAAAGAGACCCAGAAGGCGGUCCCCCAAUAUUGUUGGUGGAGAUCAAAUCCGAACACACGAAGAAAUUUCUGGGUACAUCACAGGCUAACAAUUUCCCUUUUCCUGAAAUCAUUGAUGACCCAUCGCUCAUUUUCAGCCCUCAUGCAUUCAUAUUCGGUAUCCUGUUUUGGCUUCAGGCCUUUGAAGUUCCCCAGCUCUCAUCGAUGGAACAAGUUCGCAAAUUGCUCAUUCAAAGUGGCUGCCAACAAAUGCCGUUGCCUUUACGGCCAGAAGUGGAAGAAUAUUACGUAUUCUGCCGCGUAAAUGCUGCUCUGGGGACACCGGGAAUACAGUGGGAGAGCCCAAUGUCCGUGGGAACCAUGUCUGACCGCUUGAAAUCCUUGGGGGAGAUUCAUGGAUGGCUCCACUCAAUGUUCUCUCACCGAUUCCGGUAUGCGGGAGGAAAAAUGUUGAACGAAAGUGACGAAGUCAGCCAAGCGCAGCAAAACUUGAUCAUGAAGCACUCGGACACCAAGACAUUCUUGGACCACUACUUACCACGACAUAUUGACACCGACAUGCAAAAUAUCAUGAAUGGCCGGAAAUCCAACAAACCCUUGAUGCGUGCCAUUACGCGAAUGAGUCGGUGGAUAGAUAAAAGGCGUCCUCGACACCUCACUGCUGCGCAGAGGGAAUCUCUUCGCAAUCAUCCAGAAUACCUUCAUGUCAAACAGCGAAGGGAUGAGCAAGCAGCUGCCUACAGAGAAAACCCCGAUCUCCAAAGCCAGUUACGACUAGAUAAACUGACGCGUGACGUGGCGAAUACUUUCAGUCGGCUGGAGCGGACCUUGAGAGACAAAACAAGAAAGGAAUUUGACCGAAAGCAGGCUGUGAUGGAUAUCGAGCGUCAGUUAUCCGGGUCAGCUGUUGAUGACGAGGUGGCGAAAGAGUUGCUUCGUACUGAAGAUCAUAUGCUCCCCGAGCAGAUCUAUCUUCUGGAAAAAUUGCUGACGUGGCCCGUGUCCAAGUCUUUAGAAGCCGAAUGGGAACGGCGAAAUGCCGCAGUAGCUGCUAUUUCACAGUACUGCUCCGUACAAGAAGGCGGCCCGUUGCGUGGAAGACGAAAACGACUACCACCAAACGAUGGGAUCAAUGAAAAACCAACAGCCAUUGCAAAUCGCCCACCCAAAAUCAAUUGCGUAACCCCCGGCCUAUCACAGAGGGAUCUUCUUUUGCAGCAGGCCGAAAAACACAUCAAGGCCUCUAACAAACCCCUAAGAUGCUUUCAAUGUUACGGAAAUACCAUCCUGCCAGAUCAUCGCCGGGCGCAGGAAUGGAGCGACUACAAAUCAACUCUGAGGCAUUUUCGAGAGAAGCACCUAUAUGAUCGAAGGUGUCACAUGUGUAGCGUUGACCUUCUGCAUGAAAUGCAUCUUCGGAGACACGCCGAAGAGGUUCAUCGCCUUUGCAUGUAA